AUGGAAUGACAAUGAAGGACAAGGAGCAAGGAUGAAGGGCGAUAUGCGCGCGCAAUCUUCCGCCAUAGAAUCACUUCUUUGCCACCAUAAGAAGGGUGUGUGUUGUCUGUGUUAUUGUUGUGCCCAAAAUGUUCCCAAAUAAAUCCUAAUUAGCCCAUUUUGAGCCCCUCCUGAAUACUGUGCUCGUGAGAGAGAUUUUUUGUGGCUUCAAAGUCAAGUAAAAGAGGAAAAGGGGGAAGAAGGAAGAUUGAAGAGGACUCACCAGCUGGACAGGCGGCAAAGGAUGGAUCUAACGGAUAAGGUGGCCCUUGUGACGGGUGCUGCAACGGGCUUGGGAAGGACUUUCUGCGAAGAAAUCCUCCGGCAUGGCGGGAAGGUGUCCAUUUGCGAUUUAGAUUCCGACGCAGGGGAGCACACAGCCGACGAAUUGGGUGAAACCUUCGGGAAGGAGCGUGUCCUGUUUUGCCACUGCGACGUGACGGACUACUCGCAGUACGAGGAGGCCUUCCAGACCACCAUGACGGAAUUUGAUAGCAUUGACAUUGUCAUCAAUAACGCGGAAAUUUGGAAUGAUAAAUUCUGGGAGUUGGAAGUUGAUGUGAAUCUCAAUGGAACUAUCCGGGGGACGUUGCUGGCGCAGAGAUUUAUGGGACGCAACAGUGGGGGACGCGGUGGGGUUGUCAUUAACAUUGGCUCAGCCACGAGUGUUCGUCCCCAAAUCUCAACACCCAUCUACUCAGCCACCAAGCAUGCCAUCUUAGCGCUUUCGCGCUCCUGUGGGGACGCCUAUCAUUUCAACCUAACCGGCGUGAGGGUGAUUGUUGUGUGUCCAGCACUCCUGGAGAAUGCCAUGUCAUCCCACAAUAAGCGCUUCAAGUCACCAAAUCACGAAAAAGCCUGGCAGUUGGAUGUUAAAGGUUUAAUGCCCCAAAAAUUGGAGCACGUUGCAAAAUGCAUCAUCCCAAUAAUAAAGGAUGCCACAAGUGGAAGUAUUUGGUUGAUAGCCAAUGGGAAGUCCGCCAAGGAGAUUCCCUAUUCUGCCAUUCAGCUCUAAAUGUGCUUGUUUGUGUUUUUUACAAAAGAACAUUCACACACACCAAGGAAAGAAAAAAAACGAGCUAUCAUCAUUUUUAAAAUGCAUUCACAUUAAAAAUUAACUUAAAUUAAUAAAACAAAAUUAUAUAUUUUAGACGUGGAAUGUACUUUUAGGGGUCUAUAAAGAGGGAAAAAUUUAUGAGGAAAUCCUUAAAAAAAAUAUAUUGAGAAGAUUUUUAAAAUCUUUUAAAGGAAAGAAAGAGUUCAAAAACAUUAAGCCAUUGAAGAUUUUUUUAAAAAUAAAAUUAGAUUGUUUUGAUAUCGGUUUAAAAAAAUUCUUUGAGACUUAAGAAUUAUUUUCUAAACAAACUAAUUUUAAAGAUUUCUUAAAACAAACUUCUUUUUGUUUUAAGAUUGUUGAAAUUUCAAAGAAAAUUCUUCAAAUUUUAAGGAUUUCUUGAUCGCUUAAUUCUACCUUAUCCUAAAAGAAUUCAAAUAUUUUAACUUCAAGAAUUAAAAAAUAAACAUUUCUCUAAAAAAAGAGAAUUUUUUUUUAAUCUUGAAGUUUUUAUCGAAAGAAUUAAUAAGAUAGGUAGUUAAAAAAAAUAUAACGAAAAGACUUUCGAUACAAAGAAUAUUUUUAUCAAAAAAAAUAUUUUUUUUAUUAUUUAAAGAAAAGUAGAAUCAUGUUUUAAAUACAAAAAAAUUAGGAAUUAGUUCUUUUAUUUAAAAAUAAUAAAAUGAUCUUUAAUGAAAAUUUUUAAUCUAUGGGCGAAAUUCACUAGUUAGACCGUCUUAAAAUGUCUUAAUUUUUAUUUAUUAAGUUAGACUGAGGAGGAAAUUCUUUAGUAAGACCGCCUUAAGCUCUCUUAAAAUUCCCUAAGUUUUAAGAAGAAAAACUUUAAUUUUUUUAAGAAAAAACUUAAGAUAUUUCCUUAAGCGAAACUUGAAUUUUCUUAAGUUGAACUGAAUUGGGCUGAGUGUAUAUUAAUCGAUGUUUUUUUUUUACGAAUUUUGAUAUCCAAAGACGUCCAAGUAAAAUCAUCUAAAACUAUUUAUUUAGCAUAAAAUAGCCUGACUUAAAAAAACAUGAGUUUUGCUUAAAAAAAUUGAUGAAAUCUAAAGGAAACUUAUCAAAACUUUAGAUAUUUUUAAAAAAAAUCUUAAGAAAUAUUGAGAAAAGUUAAGCCUUUCUUAAAAAAAUAUAUAUUUCACGCUAUUUCAGAAGAAUUUAAAGAUUUCCUUAUUAUGGUUUUUAAAGCUUUGUACUCUUUAAAAAAAAACUCUUUUAUUAAUCAUUAACCUCAAAAAAACCUUCAAGAAGACCCUUAAAAUUACUUUUUACGCCUAAAUGGUAGAAAAAAUAGAUUUUUAAUUAAAUAUUGUGACGCAAACAUCAAAAUGUGUAUCUAAGAGAUAAUCCAUUAACUAAUUAUAAUGAAUUUUAUCAUUUUCUCAUUCCCCACUAAUACCAUUUUUACCAUAAAUAAUAAUAUUAAAAAAUGAAACUUUUAUACCAAAAUUACAUACUAUACGGAACGGAACGUUAUUCAAUUAAUAAUUUGAAAUUUCUUGAGCUUAACCCUUUCGCGUCCAUUGGGUCAUACGCUGACCCAAAAGUAAAAUAUAUUAUUAUAUCGAAUUAAAAUGAAUUUAAUUAUUUUUCUAAGUUGGAAAUACGUGAAAAUUACGUUGAAGAAGACGUUUUGACUCCUAAAUGGCCUUUAAAAUCAUUUAUAGAAUUAAUGUUUCAAUGUUUCCAUGUUUCAUGCAGACGUGAAAGGGUUAAAAGCUUAUCAACCGCUACAUGUUUACUUUUAAUUUUAAAUCCUUAAUUUUAUAUUUAUCUAAAGUGUUAAAAAUUUUUAAAAUCUUUGAAAGAUUUAAUAAAAAUAUUAAUUUGAAGAAAUAUUUUCUGAAAAGGAAAUAAACUUCAGGCGAUUAGCAAAAUGGACCAAAAAAUUGCUCAGAAUUGAGGUUAAGUUGCUGUUCUAACCUCAAUCUUUUAUUUAUCCUUUUUCCCUAUUUUUUUCUAUUUCUUUUACGAUUUUUUUACACUAACUAAUUUUAAAGGUUUCCCUUAAUUGUACACCGAAAAAAAAAAUCACCAGAACUAGAGAAAUUUUUACUCUCACCCAGAGAGUAGCCCCAGUGGACUGUGUGUCUCCAGAAUGGGUACAUAGAGCCACUGAAUCUGAGACUAUUUGUCUCCAAUGAAUUUAGUUACAAGAAAUCUGUGAAGAUGUCACCACGGUACUAAAUCAAGAACUGCAAUACAACUGCAAUAAUUUUAUCGCAAUGCUUUGGUUAUGUUUACAUUUUGUCAAUAUAAAAAUAAAUUAUUUUCA